UUGGAAGAACCCCCCCCCGAGCCUGCCCUGGACUACCACCGAGUGCCCCAGUGGUGCGCCACGCUCAACAUCCACCGUGGAGAGGCCACUUGCUACUCGCCCCGGGGGGGCUCCUACCGCAGCAGCCUGGGGACACGCUGCGAGCUGAGCUGCGCCCGUGGGUACCGGCUGGGGGGGCCCAGCGCCGUCCAGUGCCUGCCCAGCCGCCACUGGUCCGGGAUGGCGUCCUGCCGACAAAUCCGGUGCCACGUGCUGCCGGCGGGGCUGCGGGGCUCCUACACGUGCUCAGCCGGCGUGCAGAUGAAUCCCCGCUGCGACUACCCCUGCCUGCCCGGCUACCAGCUGGAGGGUGACCGGAGCCGCAUCUGCAUGGAGGAUGGGCGCCGGAGCGGGAGCGAGCCAGUCUGUGUAGAUAUGGAGCCUCCCAAGAUCCGCUGCCCAGACUCCCGGGAGCGGAUAGCCGAGCCGGGCAAGCUGACCGCCAUCGUCUACUGGGACCCCCCCCGCGUGAAGGACUCCGCCGACGGCGUCAUCAAGAGGGUGAUGCUGCGGGGCCCGGAGCCCGGCUCCGAAUUCCCUGAAGGAGAGCACGUGAUCCGCUACACCGCCCACGACCAGGCCUACAACCGAGCCAGCUGCAAGUUCAGCAUCCGCGUCCAAGGUGAAGUGGGGCAGUUCCUACACCUCACCCGCUCCCACUUCAACGCGGUGCUGCUGGACAAGGCGGGCGCUGCCCGCGAGCGCUACAUCUCCCCCGUCAGCCCCGAUGAGCUCUUCGUCUUCAUCGACACCUACCUGCUGAGCGAGCGGGAGGCAGCGCGGCGGGCGCAGAGCGGGGACCCCUGCGAGUGA